UUCAAGAAUAAGCAACUCGAUUUUAUGACCCAAGACUUAAUGAAGGUGAAAAAAAACCUUUGAGUGACGUUCCCCAGGGGAGUUUUGGAAUUUUUGAGGGAACUUGUGGAAUGUGUGAGGAAAGGUUUUACCUCCUGGAUCAAGACCAGAAUAAAAGGUGGGCUGGAAGGAAGGAAGUCAUCAGCUACAGCGACAGGAGACCACUUGGUCCUUGUCUGUCUCCACAUCCAAUAGUGUUAGAUGAAUCAGAACAGAGAAAUUCCUCAACUCUCUCUCUUAUUUUUCUUUUUCCUUUACUUUUUUUUCCCCAGACGAGACAGAAAUCCCCGUAUUUGUGGAACUGGCAUCAAUUUCUGCCACUAAAAAUGACAUGUGUAUCGAUACAGUGAGUUUCUUCCGUGAUACCAUGGCUGCUUUUGCCCCCAUCAGAUUAGACCCGAGUCCCACAGCUGAGUUUGACCCGUUCGCUGCAGCUCCAUCUUUCGCCAGAGAAGCCAUCGCAAAAGACAGUGAACUUCCCAAGAAGCUGAAAGAUUCCUGUGACAACAGAGAGUGGAUAAAGAUGGUUCACGACUCUCAUGGCUCUGUGGAGCAUUCUUUGAUCUCUCAAGCCGGAAGCAUCAACAGAAAUGGGGUUUUUUACCAUCUCGGCACCUUCAAAAUUCAAGGCUAGGCUAGAAGACUGCGUCUCAUUGUGACUGCUCAAUGACAGCGAGGAGAGCACAUCUCCAGCAGACCAAAAGACCAAGAAAUACAGUUUGUCUCAGCUCGUGGCACUCCAGAAUGAGCUGACGUUGGUGGCCACCAAGGUUGAGCAAGGCAGGGAGGAGGCAAACCGUUUCCUGGAGGUGAGUCACAGCACAGCACCAACAUCUACCUGAAAAAUGGCGACGGUUCGGUUUGGGAUUUUGCUGGAAUUAUUUCCGGGAGACUCAUCCAUGACCUGCAGUUCUGGCCUUCCGUGAGCAGAGGUGUUGCUCUAGGAUGACGCCCAUUUCUCAAGCGACGGGAGUGGGAUUUGUCCAUUGUUCCUCACUUCUGGUGCCCAACAGCCCAUUCAAGACCUUUCAUGCUUAACUAUGGAUGGACUCCUAGAAUGGUUUGGGUUGGAAAGGACCUUUGAAGCCCAUCUAGUCCACCACCCCUGCCAUGGACAGGGACACCUUUCACUAGAUCACGUUGCUCAAAGCCCUAUCCAAUGUGACCAUGAACACUUCUGGUGAUGGGACAUCCACAGCUUCUCUGGGCAACCUGUUCCAGCAUCCCACCCUCCUUAUUGUACAAAGUUUCUUCUUUAUAGACGAUCUAAAUCCACCCUCUUUCAUGUUAAAACCAUUGUCCCUUGUCCUGUUGCCACAGGCCUUUGUAAAAAGUCUCUCUCCAUCUUUCUUCUAAGAUCCGCCUUAUUGAGCAGC